AUGGGAACGAAAGACAAACGACAAGAAGACCUCCUACAAACCCUAGGGGACUUCACCAGCAAAGAGAAUUGGGACAAGUUCUUCAGUAUCAGAGGCAGCGACGAUUCUUUUGAAUGGUACGCCGAGUGGCCUCAACUCAAAGUUCCUCUUCUCUCUCAUCUCUCACCACCACCACCACCAUCACCCUCACCAUCACCACCACCACUAGAUGCUGCGAUCUCCUCCUCCGGCGCAGCGUCAACACCGCCACUGCCACAGGUGGACGCAUCGAAAAUGCAAAUUCUUGUACCUGGCUGUGGGAAUUCUCGGCUUUCGGAAAAUUUAUAUGAUUCAGGGUUUCAUAGUAUUACUAAUAUUGAUUUCUCGAAAGUGGUGAUUUCGGAUAUGUUGAGGAGGAAUGUGAGGUUCAGGCCGGAUAUGCGGUGGCGUAUCAUGGAUAUGACUAGUAUGCAGUUUCCAGAUGAAAGUUUUCAUGCCGUUCUUGAUAAGGGAGGAUUAGAUGCUUUGAUGGAGCCUGAGUUGGGCCCCAAGUUAGGGAAUCAAUAUUUAUCAGAGGUGAAAAGAGUUUUAAAGUCUGGGGGAAAAUUUGUUUGUCUCACCUUGGCAGAAUCUCAUGUUUUAGGUUUACUUUUCCCCAAGUUCCGAUAUGGGUGGACAGUGAAUGUUCAUGCUAUUCCUCAGAAACCAUCCAACAAGCCUAGCCUGCAAACCUUUAUAUUGAUUGCUGAGAAAGAGAAUUAUACUAAACCAUCCAACAAGCCUAGCCUGCAAACCUUUAUGUUGAUUGCUGAGAAAGAGAAUUAUACUGUGUUGUGCCCGAUAUCAUCAUCAUUCAACCAUUCUUCUCUUGAUUGUUUUGGGAGUCAGGCUCGGGGACUCCUUGAAGCACUUGAAAGUGAGAAUAAAAUUCGUGCAGAAUACUCCAAUGGAUCUGAUAUAUUGUACUCGCUUGAAGAUCUGAAAUUAGGAGCUAAAGGGGGUCUGGCAAAGCUUAAUCCAGGUCGUCGGGUACAGUUGACUUUGGGUGAACCAGGGGGCUCUCAUUUCUCUUACAGAGCUGUACUUCUUGAUGCUAGGCAACAGUCUGUCUCAUUCUUGUAUCGUUGUGGGGUCUUUCUUGUGCCUAAGACUCGGGCUCAUGAGUGGCUCUUCUCUUCAGAAGAAGGACAGUGGCUGGUCGUUGAAAGCUCAAAGGCUGCUCGUCUAAUAAUGGUUAUACUAGACUCCAGCCAUUGUAAUGUCAACAUGGAUGAUAUUCAGAAGGAUCUUUCUCCUCUGGUUAGGCAAUUGGCUCCAGGAGAAAAUGCCGGCGAAGCUCAAAUUCCGUUCAUGGCAGCAAGUGAUGGAAUCAAGCAACGAAAGAUUGUUCACCAGGUUACAUCUGCCUUGACUGGUCCCAUUGUCGUUGAUGACGUGGUCUAUGAAAAAAUUGAUGAUAAUUUCGGCUGUCUCUUUCCAUCCCAUGAAUUGGUAUUCCGUCGCCUUACUUUUCAAAGAACUGAGGGUUUGGUGCAAUCUGAAGCUUUGCUUACAAGAGAAGGAUCACAGAGAAUUGUGGGUGAAAUAGAGCAAAAGGCAACCCGCUCAUUUUCCAAAUCUCGGAAAAAAGGAAAUCAGAGAAGAUCUAAGUCUCAUGCAUCACCAUCUGAUGGUAGUAACUCAAGUCUUUGUUGCUUUUUUCUGUUGAUAAUUUCAGUGAGUAGAUUAGUUUAG